UCUCUUUUUAUUUUGAAAUUUUUAAUAUUUUUUUUUUUUUAAAUUUAAAAUUCUACCUCAAAAACCCACCCUUUAAUUAUAUACCCUAAGUCUAGAUUAGUUAAGCCUAGAAUAAAAAUGUAUUUUUAUUCUUUAAUAAAAAAAAUUGAUUAUUUUUUUUAUUAGGAACUAUUUUUAUGACAAAAACUAAAAAAAUAGCUAUCUGGAAAAUUUCUCUAAUAAUUUUGCUAAAAUCAUUUUAUUAUGUUGUCUAUAGUUCCCAAAGUUUCUGCCUACUUUACAUAGCUGAUUAAUAAAUCAGACAACUAUUUAAAAAGAAAUAUACAGGCUGAUGAGUAAGACAGCAUUAUUAUUGAUGUUAAGAUAUUUUUAAUUAUUUCGUGUUUUGUAAUUUCCCAUGAAAUACUUUUCUUUAAAUAACAGUUACAUACCAUAUUAUUCUUUUCACAUAAAAACAUAUAGUAAACAAUACGCAGGUAUACAGUAUUCCAUUGUUUUUUUUAUAUAAACCCGUUUCCCAUCAAAAAAUAAAAUAAAAAAGAAGAAAACAGCAAAGAGCAAACGUCUUCUUCUUCUUCUUCUUCUUCUUCUUCUCUCUUCCUUGAGCUUGCUUGCUCCUCUCUUGUGUCUUCCUUCGUCACUGUCCGUAUCAACAAUCAAACCCGAAACGUCUCUUCUGUCUGUUAAUUCAGAUUAUGUCUCAAUCUCUCCCUCUCGUCUCCUUGAUGAGCACUUUUCCUCAUUGACAAAAAUCCGAAAUCACGACAGACCCAUUUCAUUUCCAUCUUCUAUUUUUAAUAAAAAUCUCAUCUUUCGUGUCUUCUCAACAGAACCAACAUCCAAAGAAUCGGCAUUUCCUCUCUCAAAGCUGUAAAAACCGAUACUUUUCUCGGUUCAAAUCUCGAGAAUUCUGAGACCCACCACGAGUUUCCUGAACCAAAGUGGCUUUGAGGAUGGAAGCAGAAACGUCUUGGACCACUUACCCUUACAACUACAUGACUACAUACAUCCCUGAAGCUGAAUCAUACUCUGAGCAGAGCGAUGAUGAUGAAGAGACCAAACUCCAAACCUUUGCAAUGGAUUCUCUUCUCCCCAACGAUCUACUAGAAAGAAUCCUCUCCUUUCUCCCCAUUGCUAGCAUCUUCAGAGCUGGCACGGUCUGCAAAAGAUGGAACGAGAUUGUCUCUUCUCAAAGAUUCUUAUGGAACUUCUCCAACAACAACAACAACAACUCGGUUUCUCAGGGGCCUUGGUACUUCAUGUUCACCACCACUGAUGAUCCAUCCGGUUAUGCUUAUGACCCGGUUAUCAAGAAAUGGUACAGCUUUGAUCUCCCUUGCAUUGAAACUUCGAAUUGGUUUAUUGCUUCCUCUUGUGGAUUGGUUUGUUUCAUGGAUAAUGACUGUAGAAGCAAGAUCUAUGUCUCAAACCCUAUCACCAAGCAAUGGAGAAGACUUAUCGAACCACCGGGUCAUAAGGCUACUGAUUAUACAGCAUUGUCUACCUCCAUGAACAGAGCAAAACAGAGUUACUCUGUUUCUAUAGUGAAGUCAAAGCAAGUUGCUGGAGAUUUCUUCCAAUGGGAUCUCUCUAUUCAUCUCUACAGCUCCGAAACAAUGACGUGGACAACAAGUGUAACCGAUGUCUUAACCGGGUGGAGAGGAGGAGACGAGAGUGUGAUCUGCAACAAUGUUCUUUACUUCUUGAUUUACACCACAGGAGGCAACUCUGAUCAUCGCCACGGCUUGAUUGCUUCUAACUUAUCGUCGUCCACAUCAUCCUUGAUGAGGAGUUUCAUUCCAAUGCCGUGUGCUUUAACCUGUGGGAGGCUGAUGAAUCUCAAGGAGAGGCUUGUGGUCGUUGGAGGGAUAGGGAAGCAUGAUAGGCCAGAGAUUAUCAAAGGGAUUGGGAUAUGGUGUUUGAAAGGAGGGAGAGAGUGGCAAGAGAUGGCGAGAAUGCCUCAGAGAUUCUUCCAAGGGUUUGGGGAGUUGGAUGAUGUUUUCGCGAGUAGUGGCAGUGAUGAUUUGGUUUAUAUACAGAGCUAUGGAUCUCCUGCGCUUUUGAUGUUUGAUAUGAAGUUAAAGUGUUGGAAAUGGUCUCAGAAGUGUCCUGUCUCUAAGAAGUUCCCUCUCCAGCUCUUUACUGGGUUUUGCUUUGAACCAAGACUUGAGAUCACUCCAUAGCUCUGAAGGAGAAGAAGAUGAUGAUUAUGUUUUUUAAAUGAUUGAGAAAAUAUAUUCAGGAAUAUUGUUGUUAUUAUUACCAUAUAUUUUGAGUUUAAUCAAUUGAAUCCCCAUUUGAUCUGGUAAAAAUAGAAUAAACCUUUUUAACA